GGGUUCCCGGAUGUUGGGACGUUACAGACGGGUAUAAAGGGUUUGUGGAAGGCGGGAGAGGAUGCAGUUUUGAACUGGUGGCAGUGCAGAAUAACAACCACCCCCAUCGAAAUACUGAAAAGUGGUCUUCCUUGAUUGGCCUAAACUGUUUCGAACUGACUCUUCGCUUCUCGUUCCGGAGGAGGACAGUCCUCAUUUAAAAUGGCUGGAGGGAAAGCUGGGAAGGACUCUGGAAAGACGAAGACCAAGACGGUGUCCCGUUCACAAAGAGCCGGUUUACAGUUUCCUGUUGGUCGUAUUCACCGGCACCUGAAAUCAAGGACAACCAGUCAUGGCCGUGUGGGAGCUACAGCUGCUGUGUAUAGUGCUGCUAUAUUAGAGUACCUCACAGCUGAGGUUCUUGAGCUAGCAGGGAAUGCAUCUAAAGAUUUGAAGGUAAAGCGAAUUACUCCUCGUCAUCUGCAGCUUGCAAUAAGAGGUGAUGAAGAGCUGGAUUCAUUAAUCAAAGCAACAAUUGCUGGUGGAGGUGUAAUUCCACAUAUUCAUAAAUCUCUCAUUGGAAAAAAAGGUCAACAAAAGACAGUUUAAAGGAUUAUCUAUUUAGAACUUUCAAAAGCUCUGUCCAUUGUUAGUGGAUUUCCAGUGGACUUCAUCUGUGAAACACAAUUUUGCCUUUCUUUAACCUUGAAGAUGGAGCCCAUCAAGCUUUCUAACCAAAAUUCUGCAUUGAAGUCUUAAUCUUAUUUAAGUGUACAUGGCUUCAGAGAAGCUAUUGUCUGUAGUGGUUCUUUACUGUUUUAGAUAUGUUGGAUUUUAAAGAGAUUCUUGACAUUGUUGCUAAUCUGUAAUUUUUAAUGCUUCAAGUACAUUUAUUCAAUUAUACAUACUAUGAAAUUUAACUACAAAAGAUUUGGACACUAGCAUUGCUAAUUAAAUGAAAUCAUAAAAACUUGAAUUACAAAGCUUUGAUGUCAAUCUCUUGUAGUUAAGAAUAAACAGUUCCACAAGAGAAGAAAAAA